GCCACAGCAGCCGGAUUGGGAGUCGGGCUGAGAUAGUAUGGACUAUGGUGGGUUUUUGCAUCUUGUGGAGGUGCAGGAGUUGAGCUUGGUGGGGCGUAUGUAUGUUUAUUUGGGUGCGGCGAGUUAUACGAAUACGACUGAUAUAGCUGUGGAUGGGGUUUUUAUGUCUGAUGGGAGGUUUCUGAUGCUGACUUUAGCUUGAUUUGACGUAACACCAAACACCCAGCCAAGUAGCACCAUACAGAGUACAGAGUACAGUACAUACAACGCCACAAUUACCCCUCACUAGAACCCUACAGUGUUCUAUAUGCAGCGUGCUUCUAGACCCC